GUGUAGUGUUUGUGCUCAGUGUUUGGAACACUUGAACCAGUCCCGGUUAUUAAUAAUAGAUUUAGGAUAGCAUGUGCUCAACGCUUUAGGUCGAAUUUUACGCCAGUUUUCUUUUUUAAUGUCAUUUGUUGUUCCUCUCAAUGAUACUCCGGAUACCAAGGUACAAUACAUCGAACGCCUCUGUCAAUUCGAAGUAGUAGCAGCAGGAAUGUGCUCCAGCGAAUGAAAAAAACAACAUGGCAGACCAGCGGGACGUUCAAAAUCCUAAACAAAAUGCAAACUCCAGCCUCCUAAUGUCGGCUGGUUCCGCAGUGGCUAUGGAGAUUAAACGAAAGAGAAUACGCCAGAGUACCUUAUUUCAGCAAACAGAGGACACCAACAUUCAAGACAAGCUGGACUUUGAGGUACGGAUGCGAGAAGGUGCUUACAAGCUGCUGAUGGCCUGCAGCAAGAGAGAACAGAUCCUCAGUGCCUCCAAGAACCUGCUGACCUGCAACGCCAGGAUCAAGGCGUACAUCAGCCAGCAGGAGAAGGAGCAGCAUCAGCGGCUCGAUAUGAGUGACAGGCAUUCAGGUGAGCGUGUACCUUGCAGAGGAACUAUCGCGCUGUCUGGUCUUCGUAUUCCCUUAAUGUGGAAGGAUCAGGAUCACUUUAACAACAGAGGAAGCUCGAGGCGAGUGGCCAUCUUUUGUCUGAUGAAGCUUGGUUGUGAAGUAUUUGACACCAAGAUGGUAAUAGUGGACAGAUCCAUCACUGACAUCUGCUUUGAGGAAGUCACCAUUUUUAAAGAUGCAGUUCCUGAGUUUGAGCUGAGGGUGGAGCUGUGGAGCUGUGCCGUGGAGGAUGAGCUGACUUUAGUAAACACUCCGAGAAAGCUGGCCAAAAAGCUCCGGAACUCCUUUGGGAAGACAGUUGGCAAGAAGCUCUGCCCCCUGCUGGACACUCCUGACCCUGACACUUUCCUACAAUACAACCCACUGCCUGCUGGAGCGAAGUACAACCUGCUGGCCUACUCCACCAUGCGACUGCCCGAGGCUGAAGGCAGCUUUCAGUCCAUCUCGCUCGUCGUCCUGCUAAAUUCUGAUUGGUCAUCCUGGCUUCCACUGUACGGCAACCUGUGCUGCCGCUUGGCGGCCCAGCCUGCGUGCAUGACACAAAGUGUCAUGGCAGGCUACCUCAACCAAAAGCAAAGCGUGGAGGGCCUCCAGCGCUGCUGCAGCCUCUACUGCGUGUUGAACGCCGCCUCCUUGUCGUGCUACUUCAGCCCGGAGGAGAUUGACGCUAAAGUGCAGCCCACCCUCAGCCUGGCAGUCAACAAGGACACUCGCAUCCGAUUGAUGGAGAAGGAGUCUGCAGGCCGGAGGACCAGCAGUCUGUCUAUCAGCAACCCUUCAUCAGAGGGAACUCACACUGUGGUCUUCACAGCAGACACUAAAGAGGAGCUGGAUGAGUGGAAGGAGGCACUCCAGCAGCAUCUCUAUGACCAGAGUCAGUGGGGGCACUGCUGCCAGCAGCUCAUGAAAAUCGAGGUCGUGUCGCCACGGAAACCCUCGCUUUUCCUCGACAAGCAAGCAGACUUGUUUUACAAGGAGCUGAGUAUUAUUUCUCCAGGCAAGUUUGAGGGCAUCACGGACAUCAUCCACGAUAAGAUCGAGCAGACCGAUGGACGCUUCCUGAUUGGCCAGGAGCAGCAGAGGGAGGCUCCUAAUUGGUCCACUCUAUUUGAUGGCUGCCACCCAGUGGUGGUCCAGAAGACUAACAGCCUGUCGGAGAGUCAAAGCUCCGCCCCUUUCUCCAGCCCUAAACCCGCCUCCAGCUCCACGCCCAAUAGCGCUAAGAAGCGCCGUGCUCCUCCUCCUCCUCCUGCUGCUACUGCUACUGCUCCCCACCCUGAGAGACCCCCCCGCCCUCCGCCGUCCUAUCAGGAGAAGGAGAACUCCAUCACAUCUCGCCCUAAGUCCAAAACAGGCCGACCGUCUUUGGACGCCAAGUUCUCCGCCAUCAUUCAGCAGCUCCAGCGGAACAACUACGGGGGAGCGCCAGCGCUCGGCCGCAAGAACGCUCCGCUGGGCGUUCUAGAGGUGCAUGGGGAGGCUCCGCCCCCUCACCUGAGGCACCAGGACUCAGGUGAGUGUAAUUUUGUUGUCUGUUCUGGGAAUGCAACCAGGAGCAAAGUGAGAAAGUCUUUCAGGGACAGGAUGAACCUUAAAGCUGCACCGUAAUUUUACUUUCACUUUCAUUUCAAUGCAUGAAUGUGGAAGAACCCUUACUGGGAGGGAAGAGUUAGCUUAGCUUAGCAUGACCACGACCACUGGAACCACUAUGGCAAAUAUUGCAAAUAUUUGCAAUAUUGCAAAACUAUUGCAAAUUUCCCCACUGAGGGACGAAUAAAGGCAUAUCUUAUCUUUUAUCUUAUGUUUUACUAACAGUGCCUAACUUCUUUUUACACUUGCGUGAUCAUUGGUAAAUCCAUGUUCAAAGUAAAAAAGUUAAAACAUCACGAGUGAGACUUCCGUUGAAAGGAUUCUUAGAACUCAAGUGUGCAGGGAUAGUCCUGGGGUGUUCAACUGGCGGCCUGGGGGGGCGGGGGGGGUGGGGGGGGGCUGAAUCUUUGACUUAAUGACUCCUUAAAGAGUGACUGAAAUGUAUUACAGUACAAUAUAUCAUCAUUCAUUAUGUCCAUAGCUGUCCAAAGCACUGAAAACAAAACAGGUUGGGGGGGCGCUCCGGAAUAGCAGCCAUCCAUGCAAUGCAUCCAUACAAAACCAAGAGGGGGGGUCAGCUCUGGUCAGCGCUCAGUGUGUGUGUGUGUGUUUAUUGUUGUGAUUGUUAUCUUUUACGACUGGAAUGACUAACUUUAAUUAGUUUUACCUUUUAUGAGCAGAGACAAACUUAUGUACUUCAUCUUCUUUAUAGACUUUAGCAGCAGAAAAAUAACACUCUUUCAUUCAACGCCUUUUUAAUGUUUUUUUUUGUUUAUUUUAAUGUGACUUUUAAUGAGAUGGGAGAAUGCCACUGAAUGUUCUCGUGUGUUUUAUUGACUAUGUUAUACGACGUCAUACAACAAGCUAAAUGUUGAGUCAAAUGUAGUGGAAUAAAAGGAAUCUA